GUUCUUUGCAAGAAGCCACCAAUAUCCCUCUUUAUCCCUUGGCCUUUUCUUUUAAUCUCUCUCUACUUUAUUCUCUUGAACUCACCAUUAAAAGAAGACCACCUUCUCCUUUUCUUUCUCUCUUUGAAAUCAAAACUAGAAAGCUAGAGGCCACACAAUAUCUUUCGCUCUUCCUAUUUGAGCAUGAACAUCUUAAAAAACAGUGCAUUUUAAGAAGAGAAUACAAGAGAGCUCUUGAUAUAUUGUUGAUAAUAUACCUACCUACCUAAACUAUGGCAUCUCCCUCAGAAUUAAGUCUGGACUGCAAACCACACAGCUAUUCUCUGUUAUUAAAAUCUUUUGGAGACCAUGCAGACCAAACCCAGACGCUUGAAGAGGUCCUUAAUCGUCUUGAGGAAGAAAGGUUCAAGAUUGAUGGUCUGAAGCGUGAGCUUCCUCUCUGCAUGCAACUUCUCACCAAUGCUAUGGAGUUUUCAAGGCAACAACUACAGGCCUACAGAGCAAAUCAAGGGUCAAGGCCAGUUCUUGAAGAAUUCAUACCCCUCAAAAAAUCCACUUCCGAUAACUCAGACAAAUCCCCAACUAUCUCCGAUAAGGCAAAUUGGAUGACAACUGCUCAACUUUGGAGCCAAACAGGAAAUGAAACCAAACCACAAACCAAUACUACAUCCCCUAAAGAAACCGAUAUGGGAUUCAAUGGCAGCCACAAGCUAGUCCUAGAUACCAGACAGAGAAAUGGAGGAGCUUUUCUUCCAUUCUCAAAAGAACGAAUUUCGUGUCCAAGUCCAACUUUAAGGGCUCUUCCGGAUUUGGCACUUGCAUCUGUUGAUAAAGAGAUGGAAGAUAAGAAGUUUACUGAAAAUAAGGAGAAUACCGGUAAGGUUGGAAAUGGUGGGGUUACAAUUGAACAAGCAAAAGGGGCUUGUAAUUCAACGGAAGGUCAAAUAAAUUCAAACAAUCCUACAAAUAAUACUCAUAGGAAAGCAAGGAGGUGUUGGUCACCGGACUUGCACCGCAGAUUUGUGAAUGCUCUCCAGAUGCUCGGCGGUUCUCAAGUUGCUACUCCAAAACAAAUCCGGGAGUUGAUGAAGGUUGACGGCUUGACUAAUGAUGAAGUUAAAAGCCAUCUGCAGAAAUACAGGCUCCACACAAGACGACCGAGUCCAAGUCCCCAAGCACCGGGAACCGCCGCAGCACAGCUCGUAGUCCUCGGUGGCAUUUGGGUCCCACCAGAGUACGCCACGGCAGCAGCUGCGGCUCACAACGGAGCUCCCACUCUAUAUAACCACCACCCCUCCCCUCAUACCCCAACACAUUUCUGUGCUGCAUCACCUGUGCCUCAAGAUUUUUAUACUCCAUCUCCGUCAGUACCACCUUUGCCACCACCCCACCACCAGAUGCACCACCACAACCUCCAAAAUCAGCUCCACCUCUACCGGUCCACCUCACAAGGCCAUAAUUCACCGGAUUCAGAUUUACGGGAAGCUGGAGACCGCUCCGAGAGUAUAGAAGAUGGGAAGUCGGAGAGCAGCAGCUAGAAAGGUGAGAGUGGUGAGAAUGGCGUCGGUGAGAGCAAAGGGUUGGCUGCACUCAGGGAAGAUGGGGAGGAGAGCAAUGGAAUUGACAUAACUCUCAAGUUCUAAUUUUUACUAGAUUAGGGUUAGGGUUUUUUUAAGGUCUUCCUAGUUGGUAUCCUAAAUUAUUAUUAUUAUUAUUAUUAAUCGAAAUUGUUAUUUUAAAUAUGUAGAGAGGGUAAAAACGACAUGAAGAAAAAGUGAAUGUUUGUUUUGUAUUCCUUUAGAGUUUGAUGUCGACGAAAACACUGAAAAUUGAAUUA